GCAUGUGAAGGUGGAUUUCAAUGUGUUAAACCCUGAAAAUGCAGCCAGUGAAUUCUAGUAGAUGUGUGGCAUCAUGUCAACAGCAUGCGAUUACAUGGGAAACCUCCCUGAAUCCCUCAGCAACACCAUGAUUCAGUGAUGGACUCCGAGUCCCAACAGGGCCGACAUAGACUCAAGUUCCCAGCAACUCCACGAGCUCUCACACCCUCAGCCUCACCCUCCUUCUGAUUAUACACACACACCUGUUUCUAGAGGGGAACCGUCAGGGCCUUUUAGGCGUUCAGAGAAGCCCAGACAUAUCAGCAUUUCAAAGGCUAUUCUUUUUGGGCUGUAUGGAUGCUGUCAGUCCCGACUCGCUUGCUCACUCGAGUUUGUUGACGGUGUAGUGGCUGGCUGCUUUAUGUCCUGGGGCUCCCUCAUGCCUGUGUUACCUUCUGGCUCUCCCCUUUUAGUUAUGCUGUCAUAGUUAGUUGCCGGAGUCCCUGCUUGUACUCAGUGCAAUAUGUAUACUGUCCCUACUUAUUCAGGUGACAUUGGGCAUACCUAACAACCUGUGUUUUCUCUCUUUUCUCCCCCCCCAAUCUGUCCCUCUGAGUUACAUGUCGGUCCUGGGAUCGAGAUGCUGACCUCUUUUGCUCCUCGGACCUGCCUGAUCCAUCCUGGUGCCCUGUGUCUGGUUGGAGUCUCAUCGCAUCGCUCCUGUGGAGGGCAGCCCCAUGUGGACAGUUGGGGGUCGCGCCUGGAGGACGCUCUGGACUCUUGCAGUGGUGCUUUUGUGGCUGGGGACUGAAGUUGACUUGCUGACUUUAGGACUACAGUUGACUUGCUGACUUUGGGACUACAGUUGUCGUGAACGGUUUUGCGCUCGGGUUUCCGUCGGUGGGGGGUUUAUAGCAUCAACGAAGCUGACUUUGUUAGGACUGUUAAUGUUAUUGUCAUGUUAUCUGUUGUUGCCCAGAUGGGGAUGAGUUCCCUUUUGAGUCUGGUUCCUCUCGAAGUUUCUUCUUGGUUUUUGGGAGGAACCAAAAAUUUAUCAUCCUCGGCCUUCUCGAACCCCAACACGAGCUUAAUCACGAGUUGAUGCCAUCAGCGCAGCCGUAAAGCCACCUUCCAGCCAGUGUAGCGUUCAUCAGUAGUGUUAGCGAAUGCUAAUUAAUAAAACGGUCAAGCCAGUGCUAUCGAGAGCAAGUAGCACAGAGUAAUGACCAAGAAACUAAGAUUUCUGUCUCCAGACUCUUCUUCCAUGCUGCACGCUCACUACAAUAUUUUGCAGUCAGACUUAAGUAUUCAUUUCCGUGUGUAAUUACUGAGUUACUUUUAAAAUCAACAUCAACAUGGAGUGACCUGGCAGCCUGCUGCUAAUUCCUUGCAAAAUCCUUUGCCCUGUUGCUUUUUUUAUGUGCCUGGCUAAGUUUUGACUGAGCUCAAGUCCCAGCUCUAAUAGCAAUGGUUCGCCACUGCCUGUUUCUCACAACCACACUGUCAGAAAUAGGGGUACAAUAGGAGUCCGUUUCUGUCCCCCAAGGUACACUCUAUACUAAUGAACCCCUUAGGGCUCAUUAUUGGACCUCAACGUAACUAUGUGUACCUUUUUAGGGACAAAAAGGUACAUAUAAGUUCCCAAUCAGUAUAUAAAGGGUACAAAUAAGUACCUUAGAAGGUGACAAGCCAGUGACAAGCCAUUGUGCCCCUAAAGGUACAAUAAUGUACUUUAUUUUCUGAGAGUGCACCAGCAUGGAGAGCUUAAAUGAAAGUUUCACACCCUCACAUGUUGCGAAACAAUUUGCUUCGUCUCUGUGUCAGGUGUUUGCAGUUCACCCGACCUCUGUUAAGCCCUUGACCUUGAUUUUGGAUCAUGAUUCUGAUUGCUGUUUGCUGUUUGGCUGAUCCCUGUGCCCAUCCUUGACUCUGUAUUCUGCCUGCAAUAUUGGGUUCAUCUGCCUGAACUCUUUGGCAAAGUAAAGAACAUCCCGAGCCUCUCUCUCUCUCUCUCUCUCUCUCUCUCUCUGUCUGUCUCUCUCUUUGUGCUUCUCCUCCAAAUGCAUGCAGCAGACCCCGAUUCCCUCCAGACCACUCUCUCUGCUCAUAUCAGAGAGCACAAACAGUGUCUCCAGGAGAUCUCUAACCAGAUCCCACAGCUCUUGUCAGCCCUCACCCAACUGUCAUCUCAGCAUGCCAGACCAGCGAUGCUUCCUGCUCUGGUUCCACCUUCUCAGUGUCUCACUGCCUGGCCUGAUAUGUUCACAAGAGAUCCUUCACAAUGUCAAGACUUCCUCCUUCACUGCCAGCUGGACUUCACCUCGCACGAUGGCUUCUCAAACCAAGCCAAGAUUACUCAUGAUUGUAACAUAUCUUGAAAUGAUUCGAUAAAGUGAGCUGCUAUCUUCCUACAAGCACUUCAUCACCCUGUUUUGCCAAGUCUUUGAAUGCAGCACGAUGGGCAAGGAAGUUGGCAAGCAGUUGUUUUGUUCACUAUCAAGCAGGGCAAGAUGGAGGUGGAACAUGCCUUGGAGUUUCAUGUGCUAGCAGCAGAAUGAAGCAAUGCUGAAAAUUGGACUUCACCAAGGGGCUGAACAAUGACGUCCUCACUGAGUUAGCUUGUCAUGACGAGGCAGCAACACUCGGGCUCUGGAGUAAACCUCAUUAACCAAGCUUCAGCCUUCCAGCUCAAUUUACUGCUCCUGACUCGACCACAAAUCCUUCACAUCAGCACCAGAACUAUUACCCAAUGCACCACUUACAGCCAACUCUGCAUCAGCAGCUUGCAUCACAAGUAUAUCACCCUCUCUUUCUGUGCCUACCCUGGAUGCAAGUCCAUAACCCACAGAUUUCUUGGACGAAUACACAGUGACACCGUAUGGCCUCUCUUCCGCCCCCUCUGUGUUCCAGCGUUUGAUCAAAGACAUGCUGAGAGAUAUGCUAGAAAGUUUGUUUUCACAUACAUCAGCAACAUUCUGAUCUAUUCCCCUUCCCUGGAAAGUGAUGUUGAUGACAUUAAGAGAGUGCUGUCUCGUCUGUUGCAAAGCCAGUUGUGUAUCAGAGGAGAAAAAUGCAAAUUCUACAUCCCCACUAUCUCCUUCCCGGGGUACACUGUUAACCAGGAAGGAAUAAUCAUAGAUGACAUCAAAGUAAACACAGUGUACAUACAGUACAGACUUACAACGUAAACUUCUACCACCACAUCAUAUGAGGUUUCAUGGGCUUCUUUGCCUAGGGCCUCCAGAGUCUAGGAUCACCACUGACCAAGGCCAAGGUAUUUUUUUUAAAUGCACUACAAUAUCAUGUUUAAAGAAAUGUUUACUUUUUCUUGUAAUUCACCAACAGUGAUCCUUGGGGAUUUUUUCGCCUCUCUUACCCUCCUCCUCCUCCUCACUGUCCGUGGGGGCAAAAUAAACUCGGGUCCUCUUCCAGUGUGUCUCCUUUGGCGUGCCGUAGAAGAGGGCCUUAUUCAAGUGGGAAUGUUGACUAGCCGAAGAUUGGUGAAGGUGGCGUUGCCGCUGGCGUUGCCCGGCUCUCUGUACCUCGUUUCAGGACGGGUUUUUGCUGCCAGUGAGAACGAAGGAAGUGAUUCCUCUCUGAUUACAGAUGAGCUCUCUCUGUAUACCACCCCACACACUCGAGUACACUCCGUGAAGCCGGAAGUCAGCCGUGUGGAGCAAAGUGUAGCGUCGCUGAGGAAAUCUGCAGAGCCGUACACAGCAUGGUGUCAGGACAAGACAUCGUAUGCCCUGGAUAAAGCCGAGGAAUGUUAUAAGAUGAUCGAGCCUGGAAUUGAAACAUCUGUACAGACUGCGAGGGACACUUACGCGUUUCUGGUUAAUCCUCCGUCCAAGUUCUACCCAAGUGUCAGUGCCGUGGGGUUUUCCGCAAUCCUCGGACUUUACCUUGCCAAAGGUGGAAGAGUAAAACGUCUUCUCUUCCCCGUUGGGUUGAUGACUCUGAGCUCCUCCAUGUUCUACCCCCAGCGCGCUGCCUCUCUGGCCAAGGAGGCCAAAGACCAGAUAUCCAGUUUGAGUUCACGGACACGUGUGUUUUUGGAGGACGUGUGGAAGGGAAAAUCACCUGGGAAGGAGAAAUGAAGAGUCACGGGUCAAAGACAGAUGAAGAUUUAAAGAAGGGACAGUUCUUCUCCAGCUGAAAGAGACUUCACUCUGCUCAGCUCAUAAAACUCCUAUCAGUUUUAUUCUGGUGUGUGGAUCUGGAACAGUGCACAUUCGAUCUAUGAAUCAGUCCAGAAGUUCUCUUCUUCUCGUGUUUAAACACUACUAUUGUCUGUCUGUAUCAUGUCUCAGCAUUAAAUCAUAAUUUAUUUGAAGUAGCGAAGCAGUUUAAGGACAGUUUCCCCCGAGGAAGCCAUCAGUACGGGAUGUUUCUCUAUCUGACAGAUUUGAAUUGAAAUGUCGAAAAGGGAAUAGAUCUUAAUCGAGAUCUGUGGACAGAUCACUAGAAAAGGUAUCAUUGAUUCAAUUCCAUGACAAUGUGUUUACAUUUUUUGCUAAAUUUUUGUUAAAAUUGCAUUUUAUAGACACUAUGUUAAGAUUUAUAUAUGUGUGUGUUUGUUUAUUUUGUAUGAUGCAUCGGUCUUUGGUGUGUUACUAACUCUGUCAAAGUCAAAAUCAGACUUAUUAAAGAAAAUAUCUCACAAAUAAACAAAUUGAGCUAAAAGUUGGUCUUUAUAGGGGUGUUCACACGGCAACUUUUACUCCGGUGUAGCACCGGGGCUGCCCCGGUAGAGCGUUCACACAGUACAGUGAACCCUCGUUUAUCGCGGGGGUUACGUUCCAAAAAGGACCCGCGAUAGGCGAAAUCCGUGAAAUAGUCAACUUUAUUUUUUUACAACUAUUAUACAAUACAAAUGUAAAGCAUUUGUUUAAGAAAUUAAAAAAAACGUUCUUGCAAAUAACUAUGACAGUUUUUAAUACUUUUAAAAUAAUAAUACUGUAAUAAUACUGUAAAAUAAUAUUUUUAAUAAUGAAUACGAGGUUAGACACAUUGCGACUCACGCGUAUUUCACAGUCCCUCUGACUGUGCCUCUUCGUCCUGACUCCGCUCCGCUGUAGCGUCAUUUUCUGCUGAAGGCUGUGGUGCAGGUGUCUUUUUCCGAGAGAAGAACAUAGUUAUGGGUAGUUGUUGGCACUCUUUUUUCUUCUGGGCAAGAAGAUUCUUGUAAACAGACAUGCCACCUUCGAUUAUAUUUGAAAACUGUAACGAGCAACACAUCAACGGGUCCCAUUCUUGUGCCACUCGCUGAAGUUCAGUGUUCUGAACACAAUGCACUGUAAAAAAAAAAAAAAUCCGCGAAACAGCGAAGCCGCGAAAGAUGAACCACGUUAUAGCGAGGGUUCACUGUACAAAGUUAUACCGGUGUAGCCCCUGAAAGCUGCUUAAACCGGUGCAAAUCUAACCCUGCUCUGGAGGUGGUUUAAGAAAUUUACUCCGGAGUAAAUGCUAGUUUGCGGGGCAGCACCGAUAUAAAAUGGGACGUCUGAAUGCUACACCCUGUUCAUCCACAUUGUUUUCCCAGCGCUUGGUGAUGCCAUGACAACCGUCCACAUGGCCAUGAACGACACGAAGUCGUCAAUUUGUUGCCGAAUGAAUUGUAGAAUGCGUUGUUUUCGUGCUCUCUUGUACUUGCGCAACCUUUCCUUUCUCUCUUUUACGGUGUCUGAUAGACCACAACGUAGAAAGUUUGUCUGGAGAAGUAUAAACCAUGGUUUUUCGAUAUAUCAAUCACAAACAAGGCGGGAAAAGGAAGUACAUUUUCACGCAUGCGCAUAUUUCAUUUCCGCAUUAUUACUAUCGUAUAGCACGGUCACAAAAACUGCCGUGUGAACGCAAGUGGGGCUGCACCGGUGCUAACACGCUUCUCUCUAGUAAGCAGGUUUGUGACGUGUGAACGCUCCACAAAAUUUACACCGGUGUAAGAUAUAUCGCAACAAAAUACAUCGGUGCAGCAUCGAUGCAAAUAUGUGCCGUGUGAACACCCCUUAAGUCUGUCCUUUAUUAAAACAAAAAAAAGCUGCAUGUUGAAUUUGUUCUUAACAAUAUAACCACUAAAGUUAGGCGUAUCAGACGCUCGUUGGCCGUGUUGUGAAAGCUGUCCAUGCAGACGCUCAUCUAAGUUUCCAAAUCUGUCAUUGCUUAACUCUUGAAUAUUUUCUGUCAUUAAAAAACUUAUAGGGCAGCACGGUGGUGUAGUGGUUAGCGCUGUCGCCUCACAGCAAGAAGGUCCUGAGUUCGAGCCCCGGGGCCGGCGAGGGCCUUUCUGUGUGGAGUUUGCAUGUUCUCCCCGUGUCCGCGUGGGUUUCCUCCGGGUGCUCCGGUUUCCC